AUGGCAGGCAUAGCUAUAGUAUUGGAUCUGUUGAGGAAAAACCCAUCUUCUUAUACAACCCACUUCUCCGCCUCAGCCGCCGUGGCCGCCGCCUCGGUCUCUAUCGCUGCCUCUGCCACCCCUUUUGCUUCUAGGUUCUUAUUCGGUCAACCCAGGAUACCAGUUGCUUACUGUGAUGCUGGUGCAGCAUUGUCUGAUGAUUACUUUUCUAAUGUACGAAGAGCAUCUGCAGAUAUUUUUCAGCAUGACUCUCUGAAAUACACAACCAAGGAGUAUUAUAUUGAGUUGAAACCUCUGUUUUCAGCUUUUGAAUGGAAGCAACUUGCCAUGACAUCCUUGAGGUCAUUUUUGAUGUUCUAUUUACCUCUUCUAGAGCCUAGUACAAACACGGAAGAGGAUGAUGAUGACUUCCUUCAGGAUGCUCAUGAUGUGCAACGUGUAGAUUUGGUUGUUCCCUUCCAAAAAUCAGUGAAGCAAAUUAUUCGUGAGACUACUGUUGUAACUACAAGACGGGUUUUAGAAAGACUUGCCGUCCAUCAUAUUUCACAGAGGAUGGCAUGGAAACUUUUAAAAGAUGUUCCUAAAUCAGCCAUGCGCAAGGCUGAAAGAGGAAUGCCCACUUCGGUUUACUUCUUCAGAGUUUGCAGAUCAACUUUCAGAGGACACUUUUUAGGAGUUGCAGCAUCAUGGCUUGUCCAAGUUGGUAUUGAAAUUUACCGAUUCUUCUCUCAUUUAACAAAGCCUGAAGAAGAAAGCAAUAAUGUAGAUAAAUCUGAGCAAGUUAAAAUUCUUGGGAAGAAGGUUACUGGAGUCACUGUCAGGUGUAGUGCAUCGCUAGUUUUUGCUUCCAUUGGUGCAGGGGUUGGUGCCACCCUCUUUCGUCCUUCAAGGGGUCAGUGGAUUGGUUGUGUUGUUGGGGAUUUGGCUGGUCCAAUCAUCGUUUCUAUUUGCCUGGAAAAAGUUCUUCACACUGACCUUUAG